GACUCAAAGGGGCACCCGAGGCAUGGGUGGAUCACGGCGCAGUAACGAUGGAUCAGAUGGCUCUUGAUCGAGGGCGAUGCGACGGCUGCGUCUUCAUGAGGGCCCAAGACAAGGUCAAGGCAGGCCAACACGCUGAUGGCUCCCUCGCGGCAGGGCCCUGGGAGUCGGUGAACCAACUAUUGGCGGGGCUGGGCGAUGAGCGUAUGCCCUCGGACGCGGUUAAGCUAUGCGACGCAGGCGACGAGGGCAUCUUCCUGAGCAUGCAGGGGAAGAACGAGGUUAAGCAGAAGGGCGACGACGGGUUCCAGAACGCAGCGGGCCACGGCUCGCGCAGGCUGCGCGCGCGGAAGGUGCUGCAGCUGACGAGCCACAGCGCUGACAUGCAGCGCGGAACUGGAGCCCCUGGCCGCGGCAUGCUGGUGUCAACUCAGAGAGGCCAGCGCAGUUUGAAGGAGAUGGCGCGGUGCCUGGCAGGGGCCAAGGACGUGGAGUUAGUGCUGGAGCCAGACAAUCGUAUCGAGCAGAUCGCACAGCGCCGCGCAGACGCAGACUGGGCAGACUACAUGGGCGACAGGAUCUCAGUCAGCGGCGGUGUACUGAAGUGCCGCGCGUGCACUGGGCUGUCGUGGGCGCGGCUUCAGGGCGGCGUGGCCCCGAGCUCCGCGGAAGGCGAGCUGCGCGCGUCAGGGUCUAGAACAGUCGAGGCGCUCGGACUGGCAUCGCUGUUAUGCAAGUGGGGCGAGAACGCGUGGCCUGUCUUGGCGAGCGCCAGCAGAAGCGCGCUGCGCAUCGUGAAGAAGGGAGAGUACCAG